AUGCCACCCAAGAAGAAAAUUCAACAACGUCAUACAACCGACUCCAAUGCUCCGUCUGCUGAUCAGACAGUUCUUCGACCAGAGUUCAUAGCUCUGGAACAGAAAAAAAACGCUGGAGAAACGCACAGAGGAAAAGGACUUCAAGAGACUACACACGGACCCUAUUUUGAAAUGCAACUUCUUAUGCUAACAUCAUUGAACAUUUUUAAUAUGAAUAAGAAACAAUUUUAUAUUGCACCAGGAUACAAACAAGCUAGUGAUUUUGACGAUGUCACACUCUUUUAUCGUGAUGGUUCCUCAGAGGAUUUCGAUUGCAUACUUUUACAAAGUAAGCAUUCUAGGAAAGAUCGACAGAUUGAAGAGAAAGAUCUUACAUUGGAUAAUGGACCUUUUUUUUUGGCAAAAUAUUUCAAGUCUUACAAAGAAGUCAUGGAAUGGAACGAUCGGCGUUUGCUUGGUCAUACUGACGUACGCAAGCAUCGAUGCACUGUAAAAUAUGCGAUGUUGUGUAGUAAUUGUAGCUUAGAUCCGUCAUUGAUUAACCACAAAGGUAUCACGGAAUUAAAAGAUCCACCGAAAAAUAUAUUUCACGAUGAUAUUUUGAAGGGAGUAAAAUUCUAUCAAUUUAAUAAGUCAUUUCUUGAUGAAAAGAUCGGAGAUAAUUCACAAGAUUUUUGUGAUCAUCUUAUUUAUGCUUUACAAUUUCCUAAAAUUGAAGAAAUGAAUUCAAUUCUAUCAAAUCGUUUGUGUGCUAUUAUUAGCAAAUUGUAUGAUGAGCCAUCCAACAAGACCAAUAGACCACAUCGUGAUGAAAACGUAUGGCUGGCUAAUUAUCUUGGCUGGCUCUUAAACUGUUUUGCAAAUGUUAUCAAUCCGGAUCAAUGUUGUUAUAUAGAUCGUAUAAAAAUCGACACCAAAUUGAAACAUAUGCUUUCCAAUGAAAAAGUUCUUAUUUAUAAUACUCUUACAUAUCGUUUAACAAAAGAAUCAAUUUUUGGACAAAUCCUUCCUGUGAGAAGAUGGUCUGAAAAAAUGGGGUCCUUUCUUGAAGAUAAGAAUAUAUCUGUCAUUUGUUGUUGUGUACCGGAUGGACAGCCUGUUCGAUGGACAACAGCGCAACUUUAUCUUUAUCUUACUGGCUCGGAUAUGGCAACUGAAGAUAACGUAUUUAUUCUUGAAUUCAACGAGGCUGUGAAGAAAAACGAUGAUUUAAAGCUAUUGGCAUCUGAAGAUAAAAAGUAUUUUUUUAUAAUUGAGACAGAAGAGACAAUUUCAUCGUGCUCCAGAAAAAAAUUUUGCAUCAAAAAUAAUUCAUCAUCAAAAUUUUUUAUUGUUAAUAACUAUCAUGAAUGUGAUAAUUGUGUAGGAUGUGAUCGCCUUCAUUAUUCUCAUCUUCGUGAAUUUUCAGAGAAAUUGAUAUCUCUACCUUCAAAUGAACGUAGCAUUUAUUUACAGGAUUUCAUUAAGCCUAUGGAAAAUAAAAAAAUAAAAACUGAACUAAUGAAUACAAACGUCAUAAAGCAUUUAUUGUCAACACAAGCACUUACGAUUAAAAACUCUCCAGUGUCGACGCUGUCUGCAAUUUCAUUACUUCCGCAUAUUUCUCGUAAAUUACGUCUGUACAAUGGACUUGAUGUAAAAGAAAUCAUAAAAACUCAGACAACGUUUAACAAAAACGAAUCCUGUAUUUUUGUGUACAAACAGAGUGAAUCUCAAAUAAUCGAAUUUAAUGAUAAAUCUCAAUUCAAGUCACUAAAUAAUCCUUCAAAAGAGCAAAUAGAAGAAACCAUCUCCACUUUAAAAGAUUUUGCAUAUAUUCAUUUGAUUGAGAUCGAAAGUUCUACAAAUGAAAAUAUUGGAAUCUUGAAAAAGACAAUUGGUAAUAAGACAUCAUCAAUAGGCUCGUGUAUAAAUCGUUAUAUCAAUACAAAGUCAUGGGAAAUUAUCGACGAUGAUAAAUUUCUUCUUAGGACUCAUAUUACUGUUUUAGCAGCUGAACCUGGAAUGGGGAAAUCCUAUUUUGUUAGAUGGCUACUAUCCAACCAAAGGCUGCGAUUCUUUAAUGAAGAUCUACCCAUAUCAACACCAACCUUUGUAUGGAAAAUACUUGUUGAUUUGAGAGACUAUCAAGAAUUAUUUGUGAAAACUAAUCAAAUAGAAUCAUUGGAGAAUGCUGUUAAAUUUCUUGUUACCAACUUUGAUGGUAAUGAGGACGAUAAACAGUUGUCUGAACAUUUUCUUCUGCAAUUUUUAAAAGGGCUCUCUAAUGAGCAUGCAUUAAUCAUCAUUUUGGAUGGGUUCGAUGAAAUCAGCGUAGAUGCUCAAAAAAAAUGUAUUAAAUUGAUACAGUCACUGAAUACGAAUACGACGCAUUUAAUAAGAAUCAUCAUCACAACUCGAAAAUAUGCUCUUAGUAGUUUAACAGAGGCUCUUAUCAUAAAUAAAUACGAUUUCGAACCGAUUACGAAGCACCAACAAAUUAAUUAUCUUAAUGAAUAUUGGCAUGGAUUAAGAGAUAGAGCAGAAUAUUUUAUCGAACGUCUUAAUACAUAUGUCAACAACACAGCGGAAAGUUUACUUGGCACGCCAUUGCUUUGCCAAAUUAUUGCUGUAGCCUUCGCAUCAGUUGAUAAUCAGCAACCAAAUAGCAAUGCUAGUGGUAAUGAUCAUAACAAUUUAAUAAAAUUGAAUGUGAUAACAAUUUUCGAUAAAUUUAUUGAGCGACAAUAUUCAAAAUUGUUAAAUAACUAUCAUCUAAACACGCCUAAUCCAUUUAGCAAAUCUAUGUUCGAUUGUUUCAUUCGUGUUCAUGCCAGAACUGCUUUCUGUGUAUUACGACCAAAUAUUUACCAUCUUUGGUUUGAAGAAGAAGAGGAACUUCCGGCAGUGACCGUAUCAGAAAUAAUUAAUGUUGGUGGUAUCGCCGAAUCGAUUGGGAAUCCCAAGGUUAUUCAUUUCAUUCAUCAAACAUUUGCCGAAUAUUUCGAAGCAAAAUUGUACAUUAAUAUCUUAUCUAAAUCAAGAAAAGACAAAGAUCCAUUAGUUCGUGAUUGCAAAAAUCACUUGAAAUAUGCGAUGCUCUGUCCAGAAUAUAAAGUAACAAAACUCUUUUUAGAUAGUUAUUUUGAUAUUGCACAUCAUCCUGUGUUCCAUGAUCAAUGGAUAUCAAUAACAGAGAGCUGGUUGUUUGUACCACCUUCAAAAAAGAAUGGGCCGAUUAUAUGGUGGGAAUCCCCUCCGCCAUUAUUCAAUGCACGAAAUAAUGAACAGAAUGUGAAUGAUGAUUCGAAUUAUUUUGCUUCUUAUAAGGUUUGGUUAAAUUCUCGUGAUAUCAAAGGCCUUAAAAAAUUAUUUAAAUUUGGAGAGUUCUAUAAUCGUGCCAAUUAUGAAGAAGCUGUGAAACUAAUAGCCAAUGAAACAAUGGAUAAUCAGCAUUUUACAAUGGCUAGCUCUCUAUGCCAUCAUCUAUUUCUAUUAUUGAAAUCCGAUCGACAAAUCAUUGUGGGUGAAAUUCGUAAAAGCGUUUUGAAGAACGAUUUAAGUAACGAAUCGUUCGAAUUGAGAGUGUGGUUGGAAUUAUACUCGUAUGUAGACGAAAUGAACGUAGAUGACACAUCAGAACCGCGGGCAUUGUUCCAUAAGCAUAUUUGGUUGUUUAAUACCGUGUUUCCUAGACUAUUUUCGUGUGAUCGCGAUGAUGAAUAUGUUUCUGCAUCAUACAAACAAUGCACAGCUCCGUGUGUGGCUGAUUUGUUGCUUGCCACUGACAAGGAAGGUGAUAAAUUUGUAGCUCAGCAGAUGAAAAACAUACAAUCACUGGAGCGUGAAAUAAAUACGAACUGCAUUUCUCUUGUAACAAAAGUGGUACCAAGUGUAUGCAUAAACGUGAAUCAGUUGUUACGUGCUAGUUCAUCGUCACCGUCUAGAAUUUCAAAUGAAUUUAUAUCUUCUGCAAUGAUUCAUGUAUAUGCUCUAGCAGAAAAUUAUUUGAAUAAAUGUGCUGCGAUAGACAAGUUGAAUAUUCUAUGGAACAAACGAAAAGAAGAUCAACAAUAUUUUAUUGAAUAUUUGUUUAGCACUCAAAGCGGCUGUAGUCUGGACACUUAUUUAACGACCAUCACAGAAAAAAUAACCGAAUCAGUCAAAAGUAAAUGUAAAGAAGAAGAAUACUAUUCACCACUGCAUACAUUUUUCGAGCCAUUCUUUGGGGUUCAUUUAGCUCGUCUCUCUGAUGAGCUGCUAUUACUAAUACCUGACAUGAUUAACGGUCUCAUACGGCUGGAAACAGCUGCCGAGCGUGGUCUAUGUCAACAUGAAACUUUGCACGUUCUCGUAUCGAAACUAUUGACGACGCUUGAUUGGGCAUUCCCGGAGAAACAAAUGUUGGUACAUAUCGACGUUCCGAUAGCUUUAAACUUUUUAUGCGAGCUCAUGAGUGAAAAUACGUUAAGAUUUGAUCCUCCAUUGAACCAAUGGUACAAAAGCAUUAUCACAUUGAUUCAGAGAUGUUUAGAUCAAUUAUCACAUUCAGAUCAGCCACCACCCUACACAAUUGAAUCUGUUUGUCAACUAUUUUUUUCAUUUGCUAGAAGAUCAAAUCUUGCAAUUAUCGCCGAUAUCGAUGAAACCAAGUUUGUCCUUCAUCAAACAAUGAAACCGGAACAAUUCUUGGCUGAAAUUAUCGCUAACAAUUCUAAUCAGUUUAAAAAUAUUUCAGAAAAGAUUCACAUCUUGACGAAAAAUGAUAAUGGCACGAAAGAACAACAAUCAGUCGAACAUUUUUCUGGUACCAGUGAGAAUAUUAGUGGUCGAGAUAGUGAAAUUGAAGAUAAGAGCUAUGCAGAGAGCGAAUUCGAUACCGAUGCCAACACAGAAGAUGGAAAUGAUUGA